CGGCGCAGCAGCAGCAGCAGCGGCGGACGCACGGAGGGGGCGCAUCAUCUGAGUGAUGCCACAGCAUCAUCAGUCGCAUCUCGACAACAAACACAGCAGAGAGUAAGAUCCGUAGAGGAGGAGGAGGAAGAGAGAGAGAGGGAGAAAAACCGCUUUCAGCCUCGAAGACAGCAAACUGCCCAUGAAGAUGUCUAACGCUGACAUCGUCUUAAACGCCACCGAUCGGAUGGUGAAAUCGGUCCCCUUCCCCCUGAGCCACCGCCUAACUAUGAAGGAAGUGUUUGACUGCGAAGGCAAGCCUCGGGUGGAUCUCCUGAAGGCCCACCUCACCAAGGAGGGCCGCGUAGAGCAGGCCGUGGCGCUGCGAAUCAUAGAUGAGGGGGCAGCUAUCCUGCGACAAGAGAAAACCAUCCUGGACAUCGAGGCACCAGUUACAGUGUGUGGGGACAUCCAUGGGCAAUUCUUUGAUCUUAUGAAGCUGUUUGAAGUGGGAGGAUCACCAGCGACAACGCGCUACUUGUUCCUCGGAGACUACGUUGACCGCGGCUACUUCAGUAUUGAGUGUGUUUUAUACCUUUGGUCACUGAAAAUCCUCUAUCCAAAGACUUUAUUUUUACUUCGUGGAAAUCAUGAAUGUAGACAUUUGACAGAAUAUUUCACCUUCAAACAAGAAUGUAAAAUCAAGUACUCAGAGCAGGUCUAUGACUCAUGUAUGGAUGCAUUUGACUGCCUUCCCCUGGCUGCACUCAUGAACCAACAGUUUCUGUGUGUCCAUGGUGGACUCUCACCUGAAAUACACACCUUAGAUGACAUUAAAAAGUUGGAUCGAUUCAAGGAGCCGCCAGCUUUCGGGCCCAUGUGUGACCUGCUGUGGGCUGAUCCUCUGGAAGACUUUGGCAAUGAGAAAACCCAAGAAUAUUUCAGCCACAACACAGUGCGAGGCUGCUCCUACUUCUACAGUUAUCCGGCUGUUUGUGAGUUCCUACAGAGCAAUAACCUAUUAUCAAUUAUUCGAGCGCAUGAAGCACAAGAUGCAGGCUACCGCAUGUACCGCAAAAGUCAGACAACUGGAUUUCCAUCGCUCAUUACAAUCUUCUCAGCGCCAAACUACCUGGAUGUUUACAACAACAAAGCUGCUGUACUGAAGUAUGAAAAUAACGUCAUGAACAUCCGACAGUUCAACUGCUCCCCCCAUCCCUACUGGCUGCCCAACUUUAUGGACGUCUUUACCUGGUCUCUGCCAUUUGUCGGAGAGAAGGUCACAGAAAUGCUGGUGAAUGUGCUGAGCAUCUGCUCUGAUGAUGAACUCAUGAAUGAUGAAGACGAGAUCUUUGAUGCCAAUGCAGCUGCAGCACGUAAGGAGGUGAUCAAGAACAAGAUCCGAGCUAUUGGGAAAAUGGCCAAAAUGUUCCAAGUUCUCAGAGAGGAGAGUGAAAAUGUGUUGACGCUGAAGGGCCUGACGCCCACUGGCAUGCUGCCGAGCGGGGUUCUCUCUGGAGGCAGACAGACACUGCAGAGCGCCACCAUUGAAGCCAUUGAAGCCACCGAGGAGCAUGAUGAGGACGGAGAAGCGAUCCGUGGCUUUUCCCCCCAGCACAAGAUCACCAGCUUUGCAGAGGCCAAGGGCCUGGACCGCAUCAACGAGCGCAUGCCACCUCGCAAGGACGGGGUGAACCACGUGGGUCACUCCAUGGGGAAGAUGAAUAUGUCGGAGGCAAAUGGCACGGAUGACAACAGCAACAUCCAGUGAUGGGCUGUCUGAGCCUCAGAACUGUGCCGCUGUUGCGCUGCGCAGCAAGACAUUGCCAAAUCGGGAAUUCAGGCCUCAGAGCAUCGAAAUCAAACAGGCCCAAAGACAGAACAUGAAAUCUGCAGCAAAUCUAAAAUGAGCAAAAAGGGUCACUUUUUUCAUGACAGUGUCAUUGCACGGUUGGGGGAGGGGGGAGCUGGGGUUCACGGCAGACGGCAGGGGGUAAGUGGAGGCCAGCAGGCUGCAGCUUGUCUGGUAAACGUGUGAUUUAAAGUUGUCUCUGCCUGUUGUUCCCUUUUUUGUCAGUUCAAUUACAGACUGAAUUGUUGGGGGCUGUGUUGUUCUGAGCGUUGACAAAUGUCUGCUCCGUCUUGACAGGGCCUGACAGAAGACAUAACUGCAGUAUCCAUGCCACACAAAUCAUUUUACUAUUUUCUAAAGUGUUUAUUAUUAUGGAAUCACUCACAAUUUCACUUCUGAGCAACAUAAUCUUGUUUACCUACUUGUUUUGCUAGUAUUACCAAGUCACGCCACUUUGUGAGAAAGAAAGCAAAAAGAAACAAACCAUAUACCUUUGAAAACUUACUUGCAGCGCAGUCUUACUUGUGGACUUAAAUGUAUUGAUUUACCUUGAUAUAAGAUGCCACCAUCUUCCUAACCACCAAAGCCGCUACAGUCAGAGAUCAAUCUCCACUGUAUGUCUCGGUAAACUCCUUUCCUCUCCUCCAUCAUUAUCAGUCAUCUCCUAGCUCGAAAUAACUUGGAGGGGAUGAGGGGACAAAGGGAGGGGAUGAAAGGAGUAGUAGUAAAAUUUGAAUCUGAUUAUUCCUGUAGGUACCUCAGCAGAUGAAACCCUGAGAUUUAACAUCUGAAAAUAGCUCCAAAAAGGACCACACCAUCCCAAAUGAGCAAGAAUCUUCAUCCAAACUCAGAGGAUUAUUAUUUCAUCUAGAACAUCCACCAAGUUAUUUUCUUCCUCUCCACUAAUUAUUCAAGCCUCAGAGAAGCAUGGCAUUUGAUCGAGCUAUACCUCACUCAUUUUGCAAUUCUCUCUCUGGAAUGUAUAUACUGAAGGAGGCUUUGAAUCAUGGUCUCCCCUGCAUUGGUAUGAAUGGCAACAAAGCGGCAUUAAACGCCUACUUCUGGACCACAGGGGCGAAAAAAGAGAGAUUUUGAACUCUGGGACAUCCUCUGCUGUCACACACUACCUGAUUAUAUCUCACCUGCUUGUUGCUAAAGAGAAACUAAAAGAAUAUGUGCAGUCACUCAAGAACACAUUUUUGCCCUUUGAGUUUUUUGCACUUUUUGCUGUGCGACCAAUUCAAUGAGAUGCCAUGCCGAGGAGCUUCACUUAGUACUAUAACUAACUAAGGAAUUCUACUAAUUUGGGAUUGCAUAAAAUUGAGAUAUGUUUUUGUUUGAAGAGAAUUUAAUUACCACAUAUCAUUGUGUCAUUUGGAAUCUACCCUGAAAUGUAUUGAAUGAAUUUCAAAAAAUGUAUCUCGACAAAAAAUUUUUGUUAAUUAAUGCUACUUUUGAGAAUACAUUUAACUUUACUUUUUACUAGUCAGGAAUUCUUCCCUCUCCAUCCAAUAUUGCAUUUAAAUGUGUUAAUCAGUAUGAUUUCUUGUUUUUCUAUCACAUUUUCUAAGCUACACUAAUCUUAGUGGAGAAACAGGCUGAGAAAAGCAUCCACACUGUGAUUCAAUAUCCAAACAUAAAGUAAUGUGUCAAAAUCCUUUGAUGGGUCAGUUUAUAUCAUAAAAUGCCAUGUUGCACUAAAAUGGUUUCUUUUGACUGAUAGAGGAAGAGAAAAGAGACAAAUGAAUAAAACAGGAAACAUCCCCUUUCUUUCAAAAUACACAGUUUGGGAAAGUCGACAUACCCCAACACACACUGUCACAUAAAUUUCUAGAAUUUCCUUUCAUGCAUCAAUAUUUUUUCUACCUUAUUUUCCAUCUUGCUAUUUAAAGAUGAAGGUAUUUCAAGAAAGGAUGGAUAAGCGAUUUUUAACACAGCAUCUAUGGUACGGAACGCAUCAAUGCAUGCAGUUAAGUUCCUAAUUGUUAUGUGAGAUUAUAAUUGUGAUAGUUGUGUUUCAAAUAGUAAACUUGAAUUAUUUUAUUUUUGGAAUUAUGUUUGUUGUUUUAUUUGUCUUGUUUUACAGGUUUUAUAAAUAGGCUUCCUUUGAUUGUUCUGUCAAUUUUUUUUCAUUCUGUUAUUUAUUACCACUGCUUUUAAUUUUAUAUUGAUUUAUCGUAUGCAGAGAUGUGAAGCCUUGUGUUUAUUUUUUUUUCUGUUGUACUGAUGUACAGAAAAUGUUCAAUAGUGUGAAUGAAUAUAAUCUCAGUGAAAAGCAACUUUCAGGCUGCCAAAGCAUGAUAGCAUGGUUUUCAGAUGUAAAUGAAAUGGACACAAAGAAAAUCGUGUGUCGCACUAACAUUUAACAGGAAACAUUGUAUUCUGGUUCUAUUUACUGCUGAUAUUAUUAUUGUUACAAUUUAGCUUAUGGUUAUUUUCCUUCCUCCGUUUCUGGUUCUUGUAUGGUCUACAUGCAUAUUUCAACAAACAAGUAUAAUGGAUUUUAUCUUGCAACAUUUUUUAUUAUCUAUGGAAAUAUGUUUUGGCAUUUGACUUCCUAAACAAUACACACAUUGUAAGCAUGCCCUAUGGGACAAAUCACAUUUUUUUACUGUUGAAUAAAAUAUGCAUGAACAAAAA